UCGCCGAGCCUCUCUUGUCUCCCAGCUGGGGCUUUCACUCCGCUUCUCUUCUCUUUACACCCCGUGUGUAGCAUCGAAACAUGGCGGCUCUCAAAGCGUUGUGCAGAGCGGAGAAUUUGUUCUUCAAAACCCUCUCAGGUCCCCGCAGGACCAAGUUAAACGCCGCUUAUCUCCAACUGAGCAAGACCUCCGGCUGUUAUUUUUCUACCUCCAGCCAGAGAAGUUCACAGUUCUACUCAGAUCCUACAGACGCCAUCAAAGAUAUCCCAGAUGGAGCUACCAUUCUGGUGGGAGGCUUUGGAUUAUGUGGUAUCCCAGAGAAUCUUAUCAACAGUUUACUCAAGUCCGGCGUAAAGGGUCUAACUGCAGUCAGCAACAAUGCAGGAGUUGAUAACUUUGGCCUGGGCUUGCUGCUCCAGACUAAGCAGAUCAAGAGGAUGAUCUCUUCAUACGUCGGGGAGAAUGCAGAGUUUGAGCGACAGUAUCUGUCAGGGGAGUUGGAAGUUGAACUCACGCCGCAGGGCACUCUUGCAGAGAGGGUCAGGGCCGGGGGUGCUGGGAUUCCAGCCUUCUACACAGCCACUGGUUAUGGCACACUGAUCCAAGAGGGAGGCUCUCCAAUCAAGUACAACAAAGAUGGCAGCAUUGCUAUCGCCAGCGAGAAGAGAGAGGUAAAGGAGUUCAACGGCAGGCACUACAUCAUGGAAAAGGCCAUCACUGGAGACUUUGCACUCAUCAAGGCAUGGAAAGCAGACAAAGCUGGAAACAUUGUUUUCAGGAAAACAGCCAGAAACUUCAACCAACCUAUGUGCAAGGCAGCCAAAACCACCAUAGUUGAGGUGGAAGAAGUGGUGGAUGUUGGGACCUUCGCUGAAGAGGACAUCCACAUACCCAGCAUCUACGUCCACAGGGUUGUCCAGGGAGCCAGCUACGAGAAAAGGAUUGAGAAACGCACAGUUAGGAAAAGCCAAGAAGCAAAGCCCAAACCAAAGAAGGACUCGGAUAUUGUUCGGGAAAGGAUCAUUCGGCGUGCUGCUCUGGAGUUUGAGGAUGGGAUGUAUGCCAACCUUGGUAUUGGUAUCCCCAUGCUGGCCAGCAACUUCAUAAAACCAGACAUCACUGUCCACCUCCAAAGUGAAAAUGGAAUUUUGGGACUGGGCCCAUACCCCACUGAGGAUGCAGUGGAUGCAGACCUUAUUAACGCAGGGAAGGAGACUGUCACUGUGCUCCCUGGGGCUGCCUACUUCUCCAGUGAUGAGUCAUUUGCCAUGAUUCGAGGGGGUCACGUAAACCUGACAAUGCUGGGAGCCAUGCAGGUGUCAAAAUAUGGAGACCUAGCCAACUGGAUGAUCCCAGGUAAAAUGGUGAAAGGAAUGGGAGGAGCGAUGGAUUUGGUGGCUAGCGCUGGAACCAAAGUGGUCGUCACCAUGGAGCACUCAGCUAAGGGCGGAAAACACAAGAUAUUAGACAAAUGCAGCCUGCCUUUGACAGGGAAGCACUGCGUGGAUCGGAUCAUCACAGAAAAGGCUGUGUUUGAUGUGGAUGCGACAAAAGGCCUUACUCUGAUUGAAGUGUGGGAGGGGCUCACUCCUGAGGAUAUCAAGGCAUGCACCGGCACAGAUUUUGAGGUGUCUCCCAACCUGAGGGCCAUGCAGCAAAUCUAGACGAGGUUGUGACGGAUCUGAGUGAAACUCUUGUUAUGUGGUAAACAGCUGCCUAGGGCCGGUCAAAUAAGCUCAUAAAACACAAAUGGGUCAAACAUAGCAGAAGGAUUUAUUAUCACUUAUAUUAACUGAAUGGGAACAUGUAUGUAAUUAUUUUGGGGGGGACUUGAUCUGAGAAACGAUUAGAAAACAUUGCAUUCUUAUUACACCAUUAAGUUAUUUUUACUGUUUGUGCAGCUAUUACCAAAUAAUCCAAACUAACUUUAAAACUUGGAAUGUUCUUGUUUUCCAAGAAAAAAGCAACUUUACUACUAUUAUCAAUAAAAAUUCAAUAAAUCAUAUUUGCUGUUGAUUAAAACAUUAAUGUAGCAGGAUGUAGAGCGAUGAAAUGUAACUCAUUUAAAAAACAGAUGUUAGCUCAGAGGGGAAUAUGUAUGUAGUUGUUUAAACUUUUGCUGCACCACAUACAAAAUGUCUUCAGAUUAUACGGUAAUGGCCAAAAAUAUUGGCACCCCUGCAUUUCUGUCUACACUAUUUCUCCCAGAAAAUUGUUGCUAUCACAAAUGCUUCGGUAUUUUCAUGUUUUUUUUCUUUUUUGUUUCGUUGGAACAACACAAAAAAGGGAAAUGAACUUGAUCCCUACAGUCAAACUUGUUGGAGGUUCACUUUUUGGGGUUGCUUUGCUGCUUCAGGCACUGGAUGUCUUGACUGUAUGCAUGGCAUUAUGAAAUCUAAAGGCUACCAUAUACUUCUCGGGCACAAUGUAGGGCCCAGUAUCAGAAAGCUGGGUCUCCGUCAGACAUCAUGGGUCUUUUAGCAGGACAAUGACCCAAAGAACACUUCAAAACGCACCCAAAAAUGGUUUAAGACAAAGAACUGGGGAGCUCUGAAGUGGCCAGCAAUGAGUCCAGAUCUAAAAUCUAAAUAGAGUGCCUGUGGAGAGAUCACUUGGGGGGUGCAACACUUUUCUGGGAGAAGAAGGGCAUCAUGUGACAGAAAUGUGGGUUUUGACUGUACAUCACAUGUAAGAUAUCUGUUUUUCUCCAUUUGUAAAAUGAAGGAGAUGUAAAAGUAAGGGUCAGUCUGUAACAUGUUUGUAGUAAUCAUCUCUGCCGAAAUAUCAAACUGUUUUAUGUCUUUCUUUUUUCUCUCAGCCUCAUGCCAGAGUCUGUCGUACCAUACAUUUCAGCCCGGGAAAAACAUGAAUUCUUUACAGUACAUGGACAUUUGCUGUUCUCUUGCAUUUGUAUAUAGAAUAAAGUACAACCUUGUGUGCUGAGUGGAACAACUGGAAUUUCUCUGAUUUCUGGAUUUAAAAAAACAACAAUCA